AUGGGUGGUUACGACCGUGAAUGGCGUAAUGCUUUUACCCGGAACAAUGUUCUGUACCUAAUUACAGGACCGAUGCCUCCUGAUAGGGUAGAGCAUUUCAAGCGAUUUCAUAAUUUGAUAUUACAAAAGUGCUACGGAAGACGUGUACCAUUUCGUGUAUUUCGAGGUGAACUUAUUGUCGAUUUUGAAUGCUUCUUUGGCUGGAAAAACCCAAUCAAUGUAUUCAAAUUGAACGGUUACGAUCGUUUCCAUAUGCGAGGUGAAAUGUGUGAUUCUGGUUACCUGAAGAGGAUGGAUUUCUGGCAAAAUCGAAUAGCCAUGCAAAUUAAUUGCCGUCAUAACGAACAACCAGUGCGCGAAACAAUGUUUGCAAUCGAUGAAACUGUGACUGAUGCACCUGAGCAGACAACUAAACAUGUUCAAUACAAUCUUCGUGAUCAAAAAACAACAUCUGGCAAUGGUAAUUCCGCAUGA